AAGUGAGUAUUAUUUCAUAUUAAAAUAUUUAUCAUUUGUAAUAACUGUUGUUCUUUUGAUCGCCUGUGAUCCUAUUAUUGAUAUUAAUUUGUGCAAUAAAAUUAAGUUAUAAAUAUAAUCCGCUGCGUAAAAUAACAAACAAGUUAUUUAGUAAUACGAUGGAUAAUUAUUUGUAUCUAUAAAUAAAUAAGUGAUAAUAAAAUGUCAAAAGUGUCACGGAUUGCACCAAUUAUUUGGGAAAAUAAUAAUGGAUGCUGUUUGAUAAGGUUUAUGAUUAAGAAAAGGUACAGUACUACCACAAAUACUAUAAAUGAUCAUAAUGAUCAUGAUAAAAACAAAUUAAAAAGACCAAUUGUUACUGAAAAAGAAGUGAAUCCUGAUUCUAUUGAUAAUAUUGAUAAUAGUUCAUCGAAUUCAAUUGACAAUGCGGAUGAUUUUGAUGAACCAGCAAAUUGUUGUAUGUCUGGAUGCACAAACUGUGUUUGGAUACAAUAUGCUGAAAAAUUGAGUGAAAAAUUGACAAACAGCAAUGGUGAUGUACAAAAAAUUAUCAUGGAUAAAGUUACGGAUUCAAAUAUGCGUGCUUUUUUAUCCAUGGAAUUGAGAUUACGUAAUAUUAAAUAGAAAGAAAUUAUUGUGAAACAAUUAAUUUUUAAUUUUAUUAAUUUUAUUGUGAGAAUUGUAUAAAUAAUUUUUAGAAUGAUAAAAUUUUUAAAUGUAUAGAGAUGAAUAAUUACUUGA